AUGAGCACAAAUUAUGAGUAGUAGUGGGAAUAAAAAAGGAGUGAAGGGAUAACAAAUUUAAAAGCGAAAAUUACUAGAUUUGCUAAAAAUGGUUAUUUAAAAUUAUACUAAAUGUGGCCUGGUACUAAUAGAUUUUGUUGUAAUGGAAAACUUAUGAUAGGUCCAGGAGCAGAUUGGGGUCCGAAUUGUUAUACAUGGAUCUGCGUUUUAGGGGCAGGAAUACCAUAUCUUGUCUUAGUGAUGCCUCCAAUUUUUAAAAACUUUUCUCCUGUGUUAGCAAUAGUUAAUGUUAUAUUAUUUAUAUCUACAAUUAUAUUUUUGCUUUUAACUGGCUUCACAGAUCCAGGAAUUAUACCUCGAAGAAAUAUAAUCCUCCUUACAAUGGAUGAUACAAAUAGGGAAGUGUAUGAUUAAUUUUUAAAUGGAAAUUUCGCAGAUGCAGAUACUGAAAACAUAUAAAGGAAUUAUUGUGCAACUUGCCAAAUUUAUAGACCUCCUAGGGCUUCUCAUUGUACUGAUUGUGAUAAUUGUGUAGAAGUAUAUGAUCAUCAUUGUCCUUUUGUAAAUAAUUGUGUUGGCAAGAGAAAUUAUAGAUACUUUAUAUCCUUUGUAGGAUCCGUUUCUGUGUUAUGUCUCUCAGUAAUUUGUGGAAUUAUAGUAUUCCUUGUAAAAGAAAAUGAAAGUGAUUUAUCAUAAACAACGUACAUUGUCCUUUUAGUUAUUUUUGUUGUGCCAGUUGGUAUUUUAUGUGUUGGCAUUCUCGGCUUAUGUCUAUUUCAUGGUUAUUUGAUAAUAAAAGGGAAAACCACUAAAGAAACUCUCAAAAAAAGAACUGUUGAUAGAAAAGCUGUAGGAUUUAAUUGGAAAAAAGUAGAUCCAUCUUUAGUAUAAGCUUAAAAAAUUAUAGGUAUGUAAGAUGCCUUAAAUAGCUUUUAAAUUUGA